GCAGACAGUGCGGGGUGAGCACAGCUCAGCUCAGCUCAAUGAAACACAAAUGCCGAGGCAAGCCGGCGACCUCGGGGGAAGCCAAAGCUUAACUUAAAGCUAGAGCUAAGGAGGCCAAUUCUUCUCCUCGGCCAUCUCACCCGCCAUCCUUACCUCGAACCAACAACCCCCCUCCCAACGAAAACGCAAACAAACCAUGCCCAUCUCGUCGCCCUACUCCCCCCUCGACGUGCCCGACGUCGACCUCUGGACGCUCCUCUUCGAGCGCGAGUCCAAGCCCUUCCUCGACAGCAAGGUCCUCUUCACCGACGGCCGGACGGGUCACACGCUCGACUACGGGCGCCUGCGCAGCGCCGCCCUCGACUUUGGCCACGGGCUCAAGGCGCUCUGGGGCUGGCGGCGCGGCGACGUGCUGGCCUUUUACACCCCCAACAGCGUCGACACCCCGAUCCUCACGGCCGGCCUGCUGUGGGCCGGCGGCGUCGCCUCGCCCGCCAACCCGCUCUACACGGCCGACGAGCUCGCCUUCCAGCUGCGCGACUCGGGCGCAAAGGCCCUCGUGACCCAGCGGCCCUUCCUCAACGUCGCCGCGCGGGCUGCGGCCGCGGCUGGGAUACCCCAUGACCGCAUCAUCCUGAUCGGUGAGCAGCAGCAAGCCGAGUCGGAGUCGGAGUCGGACUCGUCGUCGCCGCGGCAGCAGCAGCACCACCGGUACAAGCACUUUAGCAGCAUCAGGGCCACAUUCUACUGCAGCCGGUACGCGCAGACGCUCGUCGAGCCGGCCAAGGACCUUGCCUUUUUGGUCUACAGCUCCGGGACCACGGGCCUGCCCAAGGGCGUCUGCCUGACGCACCGCAACAUCGUCGCCAACAUCCUGCAGGGCGUUAGGACCGACGGACAGCACCUGCUGCCUCAUGGCGGCUUCGAUGGCAAGGGCGACAGGUUACUGGGUCUCAUCCCGUUUUUCCAUGUUUAUGGACUCACAUCGUGCAUCUUGAUGACCAUGUACGCCGGCUGGGAGGUUAUCCUCAUGGAGCGGUUCGACAUGGAGAGGGCGUGCCAGCUGAUCGAGAAGCACCGCGUCACUUAUAUCUACGUGCCUCCCCCCGUGGUGCUGGCCUUCGCCAAGAGCCCGAUAGUGGACAAGUACGACCUCACGUCGCUCAAGAUGCUGCACUCGGGCGCCGCGCCCCUGACCAGGGAGCUGACCGAGGCGCUCUGGGACCGGCUGAAGCUGCCCGUUAAGCAAGGGUACGGCCUGUCCGAGACGUCGCCCGUCGUGUCCAUUCAGAUGCCCGAGGACUGGGCCCGCUUCAUGGGCUCCAUCGGCAAGCUGGUGCCCGGCAUGGAGGCGCGCCUCGUCUCGCCCGACGACGGGGCCGAGAUCGUGCCCGGGUCGUCGCCGGGCAGCGAGGACAAGCCCGGCGAGCUCUGGGUUCGGGGCCCCAACGUGUUCGCCGGCUACCUCAACCGGCCCGAGCUGACGCGCGAGGCAAUCACCGAGGACGGCUUCUUCAAGACGGGCGACAUCGUGACGUGCGACCGCCACGGCAACCUGUACUGCGUCGACCGCCUCAAGGAGCUCAUCAAGUACAAAGGGUUCCAGGUCGCCCCGGCCGAGCUAGAGGGCCUGCUGCUCGGCCACGCCGACGUGCUCGACUGCGGCGUCGUCGGCGUCCAGGACCAUGCGGCCGCGACCGAGGUGCCGCGCGCCUACGUCGUGCUCAAGCAGCCCUGCGCUGCGGCCGCCGGGGAGGCCGAGGCCAGGGCCAGGGACAUUGCCGACUGGAUCGCGACAAAGGUGGCGCCGCACAAGAGGCUGCGCGGCGGCGUCGUCUUUGUGCCCGAGAUCCCAAAGUCGCCCAGCGGCAAGAUCCUGCGCCGGGUCCUGCGCGACAUGGUCAAGCAGGAGGAGCGCAAGGACGGGGCGAAGCUGUAGUUGAUGGUGCAUAUUUGGCGUGAAAAAUCAUCUCGUGUGGCAUGUUUGUUUUGGCAUUUUGGACUGCAUAGCAAAUAGAGUCAGUAGUACCUCCAUGAUGAUGGUUGUUACUCUAAAAUAAAGAAAAGCGUAAACGCCCAUCUCCCAA